GGCGGCAAACCCGCCGCUUUCGACCGGGCGCCGGGAGCGGGGCGCGGGCGGGGCCGGGGUUUCGGCGCCAGCGUCGGGCCGCAAGCCCCUGGCCCGGGCGGAGUUCGGGCCCAGGGCCACGGCGACGGCGCUCAGGAGAACGGGCUGUGCGCGGCCCCGGGCUCGGGGCCUGGAGUCGGGCCCGCGGUUGGGACCGGGCCCGGGGCCGGGGCCGCCGCUAACGGGGCGGCGAUCGUGCAGGGCAACGGCGUUCACGUGAAGAGCGGCAUCCAGCAGCAGGAGCCUCUGAGGCAGCCACGGAGCAGCCCACCCGCCGCCGAGUACUCCGAGAGUAGCAGCCGAGGCCAGAUGGCAUUGGGAUCUCAUGACCAAUAUCUGUCUCACAGCACAAAUACUGCCAUGGUUAAACCACAGCGAAUGGAAGCAUUUACCAUCCAGUCAAAACUAUCAGCUAGUGCACCAGAGUUCUACCCACCAGGCUUCAUGGCAGUGCAGUCGAAAGUUCCAGAUGAGGCAUUUGUGGAAUUUGAAAUACCCUCUGACCUCAUACUUGCUGAUUAUCUCCAUGAUUUUUUGACUCUAUUGACCUCUCUGCCUGGGAGCUUUGAACUGGAGAUUGUGAAUUUCACGGAGGUGAUGAAUGGCUGGGUCAACACUGAUGAAGCACUUCAAGAAGUGGUAGAAAUAAUCUAUCAGCAGGCGACAACAGUGCCCAACUUCACAUACACAGGGGCUCGGCUGUGUAACUACCUGUCCCAGAACCUAACUAUCAACCCCAGAAAUAACAACUUCCGGCAGCUGCUGCUACAAAGGUGUCAGACAGAAUAUAUAAAGAGAGAUGAGGCGGUGAAAGGUGAUGAAAAAAUGAGGAAGAAGUUCCACUCGUUCGUGCUGUUCCUUGGUGAGCUGUAUCUGAAUUUGGAGAUCAAGGGGGCAAAUGGAGCAUCAGCACGAGCUGAGAUUCUGCAGACAGGACUUCGUGAAUUGCUGAAUUCGCUCUUUUCUCAACCCAUGGAUGAUAACCUCAUCUGUGCUGUAAAAUUACUUAAGUUGACAGGGUCAGUAUUAGAAGAUGCCUGGAAAGGACAAGGAAAGUCAGAUAUGGAUGAAAUAAUUCAGCGAGUUGAGAAUGUUGUUCUUGAUUCUAAUAGUAGCAGGGAUGUAAAACAGAUGUUGCUGAAGCUCGUCGAGCUGCGGUCAAGUAACUGGGGUCGUGUUCACACCACAGCAACGUAUAAUGAAGCUACACCUGAAAAUGAUCCCAACUAUUACAUGAAUGAGCCUGUAUUUUAUUCAGCAGAGGGUAUCCCUCUCACUCCAGCAGACCCAGAUUACCUGGAAAAGUAUCAGGAGAUGAUUGAUCGAGAAGAGCUGUUUCAAGGUUACUCUGAUGAAGAUGGAGAAGCAUAUCUGGAUGACUCUGAAAACGAGAUGGAUCCAGAAAUGGAAGAAGCAUUUGAAAAGUUCUGUGCUGAAACAGAAAACAAGAGGAAAUAGUGCAAAGAGGCGAGCAAACGAUUCAUUAGAAAUGAAAAAAAGCCAAAAAAAAUUUGCGUUUUGAGUGUUUAUUUGAAAAAAAAGAACAAAAAAAACUUUUGAAUUUCAAACGAUGUGCAGGUAAUUUAAAGACAAACUGAAGAAGCAUUUUCAUUUUUCUUGUGCCAUUGAAAGCAUUGCAGGAAAAAUUCUGUUGGAGUCCACCUAAAACUGUUGGUGAAUGCAUCACAAAAAUGCCCAAGCAGAAUCUACCGAUUGAUACAUGCUGUACUUUUAAUGAGACUCUUUUGUAAUAUAGUUUGUUAUAGUUUUAUUUUUAUGUAAAAGUUGCAAGUUUAAAACUAAAAUAAAACGAUUCUUUGUAAUGGGCUGCAUUGCUUCGUGAAGCACAUUAAAGAUUUUUACUUGCCUAACCAGUAUGUAAUUUAAGAAGGAAAGGGGCUUCUUAACCAGCAGAGGGAGAGGUUCAUACCCCACACAAGCUGAUUAGGAUGGAGAGAUGUAUGUACAUACACAAACCGGUAGUUUGAGGCUAAGAGGAGAACUGAGAAUUACAGCACGAUUGCGAUGACAGGGAGGGAGGUGUAUGUGUACAGGCAUAUGGUAAUUGAUAACGGAUGUGUAUUCAGAUUGGCAAUUUGCCAACAUUGUGCACUUUAAUGACCCAUGCAAAUUUUUAAACAAAAUUGGGAACUUAUCGGUAAAUGAUAAAGAAGCUUGAUGUACUUUGAUAAGAUAUUUGUAUAAUUUCAUGUUUUAGCUUCCCUUUUUCUGAAAAUAUGUCCAUUCCAAAACGUACACAUUAGUUACCACAGCCGUACACUGCCAUCCAUCUGAUGUCUCCAUGAUUGUUGCUCUCUAUUACAAGGUGAGAGCUGUUGACUAUUUGAAAAAGGCAGGCAUAAAAAAAACCAUCAACCCUUAUCCUAACAAUUCACUCACUUUACUCAACUACGAUUGUAGUGCUGUCAAUUUUCAUCGGUGUGUUUUGAGAAAAGGGUUGUUAGGGAGUAAUGUAUCAGUAUUAGAGUGACAGAUGCUUCAGAUGCAGGGAUGGUUCCUUGCCAUUUGGGACUUGUAAUUAAGCUCAAAUCCAGGUUGGCCUCACAGGAAUUUUAAGCGUCACUUGUGUCUCUUUCUCUGUUUCUCAGGAAUUUAUUCAUACAGUAUUUGGCUUGUCUGUGUACUUCCUGUUUUUUUUAUUUGGAACAACGUUAAUUGUAAAUAAAGAAUAUUUUAAUUUCUUUCCGAUUGGCUCCUUCAGAGCAACAAACAGCAAAAGUCCUUUCACCCAGCAGUUAAAAGCCAGUGGUACUGAAUUGUUCUACUGACUUGCACACCUCAUUGAAACUAUCCACAAUUGCGAUCUGAAUGUAUCCCCACCCCCUCAGUGAGGAGUAUAUCUACCUUCUGGACAGCAGCAUCCACCAAGUAACUGUGCCUGGGAGAUCACUCAUAUCACUACACCUGGAGGCUAGUCCAAAGCAUAGUCCCUAUUUGUAGUCUCAGUUAUUGUUGCCUUUAGAAAAUAGUGCCCAAACCAUAUCUACCCUCAGGCGCUACAAAAAGCCUCCAAGCAGCAGUCCCAGUAUCUGAGCAGUGCCUUUGUUUUUCAGUCUUAUUUACUUGAAUUGUAGAUGUUUACACUGUUCCUAAAUUGUAUAUAACAAUGCAUGAGAGAACCUUGUGGGCUUUUUCCCUUCCCCUGUUGCUGGUAAAUAAAUUUUGAUGUGUUUGUAA